AUGAAUGAAAUUAAGUCACUUGAACACGCAACUCUGAAGGUGCCGUAUGAAGUAUUCAACAAGAAAUACCGAAACGCUCAGCGUAUUCUGGAUGUUGAGGCACGGCAGGUGGGCAGUGCGGCUGGAGACUUGGACACUUCUGCGAGGAAAAGUGGUGUCACUACCGGAGAAAUCGACUCCUUACUUGGAGGAAUGGUGGAGAAGCUGACAACAAUGAAACGCAAGGCAUCCGAAGCUAUCAAUGAAGAAGUGCAAGCGGCUUAUGUCUGCAAGAAACGGCUCGAGCACCUCAAAGAGCAGGCUGAAGCUUUGCAGGACCCCACUUCUGCACAAACGUCUUUGAAUCACUGGCGCAAGGUGCGCCUCGAUCGUAUGCUCGUGGAUUAUUUCCUGAGGAAUGGAUACUAUGACUCGGCCAACAAGCUUGCCGAUGCCAAGAAUCUGAGGGAAUUGACCAAUGUUGACAUCUACCAGGCGGCGGCCGAGGUGGAGCGCGAGCUGGCGGCGCGGCGCACGGCGCGCUGCCUGCACCUGCAGUGGUGCGCCGACAACAAGUCCAAGCUGCGCAAGCUCGGCUCCACCAUGGAGUUCAACAUACGCAUACAGGAGUUCAUAGAGCUGGUCCGUGAAGACAAACGUUUGGAGGCAGUGCGUUACGCCAAGAAACACUUCUCUACUUAUGAGAAGGAACAGCUUGAAGAUAUACAGCACUGCAUGGGGAUGCUGGCUUUUCCUAAAGACACAGAGGUGGAGCCGUACCGGUCGCUGCUGGCGGGCGGGCGCUGGCGCGCGCUGGUGGCGCAGUUCCGCGCCGAGCACGCGCGCCUGCUGCACCCGGCGCGCCUCCCGGCGCUGCCCGCCGCGCUGCAGCUGGGGCUGGCGGCGCUCAACACGCCGCAGUGCGCCGGCGGCAGCGCGCAGGCGGCCGGCUGCCCCGCCUGCUGCGCGCCGCUCAGCGCGCUCGCGCGCACGCUGCCGCACGCGCACUGCUCGCACUCGCGCCUCGUGUGCCGCAUCUCGCACGAGCCGCUCAACGAGCACAACCAGCCCAUGGCGCUGCCCAACGGACAGGUCUACGGCGAGAAGGCUUUAAAGGAAAUGAUGAAGGAACACGGAUCAAUCAUAUGCCCGAAGACUAAGGAGGUAUUUUGCAUGAAGCGUGUCGAAAAAGUCUACGUAAUGUGA